AAAACCUUAAAUAACUGAAGCUGACCUGCCUGAGCAGAUGGAUAGCGAAGGAGUGCAGCAAAAUAUUAAUCUGCCACAAAUGGAUUCUGCAUCUCCAUCUCCCAACCCAGUUUCUCCAGUACCAUUGAACAGUAACAAUCCAACUAGUGCUCCAAGAUUUGGAACAGUCAUUCCCAAUCGGAUCUUUGUAGGAGGAAUUGAUUUUAAAACAAAUGAAAAUGAUCUAAAGAAGUUUUUCGCUCAGUAUGGAACUGUUAAAGAAGUCAAAAUAGUAAAUGACAGAGCAGGAGUUUCUAAAGGAUAUGGGUUUAUUACCUUUGAAACCCAAGAGGAUGCUCAAAAAAUUUUACAAGAGGCAGAAAAGUUGAAUUACAAGGAUAAAAAACUGAAUAUUGGUCCUGCAAUAAGAAAGCAGCAAGUGGGGAUACCACGAACAAGCUUAAUGCCAGCAGCUGGGACAAUGUACUUAACCACUUCAACAGGAUACCCAUAUACAUACCACAAUGGAGUGGCUUAUUUCCACAGUCCAGAAAUUGCUUCUGUUCCACAGCCUUGGCCUCCUCGCUCUAUUUCUAGCUCACCAGUAAUGGUGACUCAUCAAGCUCAGCCAAUUUACCAACAGCCAACAUACCAUUAUCAGGCACCAGCUCAUUGUCUAACAGGGCAAUGGCAAUGGGGAUUACCCCAGUCACCAGCUUCCACUACCUCAGUGUUAUAUUUACAACCAUCCGAGGUAAUAUAUCAACCAAUGGAAAUGUCUCAGGAUGGAGGAUGUGCUCCACCUCCACUUCCAGUGAUGGAUGCCUCAAUACCAGAGCCCUAUGCUGAUCACAGUGUUCAAACACCAUACCACCAGGUUUAUACCCAAAAUCCCAUGGCAGUGGCAGCCCCUGUCAUACAGCAGGAACAGGUGAAGGAACCUCGGUUGCAUCCUGUCAGAAGAAAUUUUUCCCAACCUCCACCACUUGGGAUUAAACCUCGUUAUACACGCAGUCCUCAUUACCAUAUGAGGAAGGAAUAUAGAGCAGAAGAUUCUAUACUUACUCCACCUUCAUCAACUGAAUCUGUGAAGUAGAAGAAUUUGUAAUGCUAUUGUUAAAAUUCAUAUGUAUGAAAGAAGGCAAGAUUAUUGUCUUAAUUCUCAAAAGUGCAGAUAAGAAGUGAUUCUUAAAGAUAUAAAAAUGUAAAUGGUUAAAUAGUGUAAGUUUAAAAUACACUAUAUUGUAAAUCAGUAGAAAGUUAAUGUUAUCAAACAUGCCACAGUUAAUAUGUCUAAGUAUGUCUACAUUUUAUACUUCAAACUGAAGAGAUGUUGCAGUGUAAGUAACCAGUAUAUUUUUAAGAAUCAUGGCAACAAUGUGAAUUCUUAGAAGUUGCAAAUAAUCCAGACCAGGCAUAAUAUGUGGCUGUUUGGUGCACAGUAGUGGUUAUGCGGAUUUUGAGAAACAGCAGGAGAUGAAAAGGAGAAUUUUAUUUAAUAAAUAGAAGGAAAUAAGCCACAGUUUUGAAGCUUGAAUGAGGCACCUCUAAUUUUUAAGAAUUUUAACGUUUACAUGUUUUUACACUAUCUCCUUUGUUUUAUGUCUUUUCCACUUACAUCAAUCUUUUUUUAAAACAUCAUUUGUGUUAUGUAUCCUUUAUUUAUAGUAAUUUGGUUUAUAUUAUUUAUGUGAAAGUUUAAAUUAAAGUAUGUUAUUUUAGAUUAGAUUCUUUUUACCCUUUCUUACAGUUACUUAAGAGUUACUUAUAGUGUAAGGCUUGAAUAAAAGCCCUGAAUUUUGGACCACUUUUGCACACAGUAUUUUUUUUGUUGUGUUGCCUUGAUAGAUGUCCCAAGAUGUCAAGUUUUUACAUAGGUAACCAAAUAAUGUAGUAUAAUGUUGAAAUAUUACUGUUUAUUGUAGCUUAGAUUGUUGUAGCUUAAGUAUAGUUAAGUAAUUCUUAGAGUUUCUAUAUAUAAGACAAAUUGGUGCAUCCUAAAUAAUCAACUGGCAUUGUAACAUUUCAGUGCCUUAAUAUUUCAGAAUAAGCAGUAGCAUCUUUGGAUGCAUGUUCUAUUCAAAAUAAUUUUACAGAUUUGCUCAUUUGUUGUCAUUUACUUUGUUAAAAAUUGGUGGUAUCCGAUCUUUUCAAUGUGAUGAUUAGUAUACCCUGAGACCAUGGAGUUGAUUUAUAACUAUUCCUGCAAGAAAGGAUAUGGCAGCGUUGAGUAGGUCAUCAGAUUUACACACCAUCCAAAUUUCUUUUCUGGUAAAGAUUCAUUGGAAAGGAAACUAGAACAGGAAUAAAUAAACAACUGAUGUUACUGGAAGUUUUCAACUUUCCACCAAUCCCCACUCUGACCUCUCAUUGAUACAAACACUUGCUAUGGGCUGCUUUAGGGCAAUGUCCUGGGCGUACUAGGUAUUUUUUAGGUUAAAUUCAUGAUUUUGAAUAGUUAGGUUUUGUAUUGUUAUCUUACAACAGUUAUAACAACCCACUAAAUCUGAGAUGUAUCACAUUCCUGUAAUGAUUGUUUAAUUUGCACAUAUUUUUGAUUAAAGCUGUCCCCCAACCCACCUCCCUAAACGUAUGAUCGCAAAUUUUAGCAUGUCAGUUCACACUAAUAAGCUAUAUUCAUUGGAGUCCAUCUUGUAUCAAUUGGAGAGCCCUUUUUAGUGCAUUUCAGCCCACUGGCUACUAAGCAGCAACGAAGAACAAUAUUGAAAACAAGCUCUUGCAAGGAAUUUUAAUCAGUUUGUCAUGUGAUCUUUGCAGGGAUAUAGAAGUCAGCUACUGAUUUAAGAGUAGUGAAAAGACAAUGCAUGGUUCCUAUAAUUAAUUUCCAUUAAGGAAUUAAUAUCACAUUGACAAAUUCUUGGAUUUCAUAUAGGCACAUUUAUCUGUUCUUUAAUAUUCAAACUGCCUCUGCAAAUAAUUUCAUUGAAAAAUGUGAAGAACAAUUGCUUGAAUAAGAGAUGCAUCUGUCAUCUGGUAGCUCAAGGAAAAUGCAUUUAAAAACUAAUAGAUGCCAAAUAGAACUACUAUAUCUUGGAUAUAUGCUUAAUGUUCGUUAUUUAAUAUAUUUAUAGAUUCCUUUUGCUAUUAAUAUCCAACAAUAUGAGGUGAUAUCUUACAAACUAGAAGGUGCAGUUUAUAAUCUUUGCUGUUGUGAAGAUUGACUGAAAAUGUCAAUUAAAAUCCAUUAACAAAGUUAAUAUCAGUCUUAAUUGUCGAUGUAAAUGCUAUGAAAUUUCAGCAAGAUGAGAGAGGCAUAUUACAGGAUCAGAUAAAUAUGGUGAAACUUAAUAUCUUUUAAUGAAACUUAAGAAAACACCUUUAUUGUGGUCAACCACUUGAUUUUUCAUUAGGACCAUGUUAAUCUAGGUUCAGUUGUAAAACCACAGUCUUUAGGAACUGUAAUGAGUUGUGUUCUUUGAGUAGCACUGCUAAAUUAUUUCAAGUAUCCGUAAUAACUAAAUUUGUCUUCUAUCAUAUUUGGAAGUGUUAAUUAGGCUGGCAGAGGCAAUACUAAAAGCUUUUAGAAUAUAGGAGCUUUAUUCUUCUGUGAACUUGAGCUAGUAUGUAUGUGAUCUCUUAUCCAUUAAAAUUUAUUUUCUGUAUGUCAGUGUUACCAUGAGUAAAAUAUUAAAAUAAUACAUUGGUUUGUUAUUACAUCUGACAAAAAUGAAAGAUAAUUAUAGUAAAAAUAAUCAAGUUACAGUAUAGAAAUCAACCAAUUUAACUAUAGUUACUUUAUUAGUAAAUUGUUGAGACUUACUAGCUAACAAUAUUAGCUGAUGUCCACUGCCUAUCAAAUGUUCCCUCUUAACAAGAACCUGGUAAGGGAUAUUGUUAUACAAAAGAAUCAGUGCAUGCAAGUUCAGACACUCUAUCCAUUAGUUUGCCAAAACCAGGAUUUCUUCAGACUUUUAAAAGUUACUUUAUUUCCCAACAUUUCAUUGAACAUAGAAGUUGGAAAACUAUUUAUUUUGACUGCUAUCACUGGCUUUGUGAAAUGUAACAUCAUAACCAAUCUUUUUCAUGUAUUUGUUGCAAAUUAACCAUGUACAUUAUACUGUCCACAUUGUUUAUUUUCCUUCACUUUUAUUUUGUGAUAAAUGAUAUUACUGCUUUGUUGUAGUGCUUCAGGACCCACAAGUGUACAGGUAGAAUUUAUGUGCCAAAUCAAAUGACCUUGCUACCUCAUGAAAAAGUCAUGCAUUGAAAUCUUGCUAAAGUGCAACAUACACAUUAUUUAAUAGGAGGAGGAAUGUUGGAGUGAACUUAUCUAGCUAAAUUUAAUGCUAAUUUGAACCUAUUUAUAACUCCUAUCUUGAUUGUGAUGUUAUUUUUUUGUUGGGGGUAAUUUUCACCUCUGUUGCUCCAGCAGUAAUCUGAUGUUGUCUGAGAGCAGAACACAUUUCAUUUUUACACUGUUAGUAGCAUGAAAAUUGAUCAUCUAGCCAGUUAAAUUGACAAAGAUCCAUUUUGUGUCUCUACUUGUUUGUUAAUCUGGGCUGAAUUUUUAUUGCAUUUAUAUUUACAGUUAAGAUACCAGUGUUUCACUGUUGUCUGAUACUGGCAGCAGUCAGAAUAUCAUCUGUGUAUAUUGUUGCAAAAACACUAUCUUGAGAAAUUAUUACAUGAUAUGCUUUGCUGUAAAUAAUUUAUGAUCUAUAUCCUUUUAUUAGCAAAUAAAGUAAGUUUUGGUGUCAUCCUUACAAUAAUCUAUGCUUUGCAGAGUUCUUGAAAUAUUACUUUGUUACUCAACAGCUUCACUGUAAUUCUGCAAGUACGUUUUGUUUUCUAACCCCAAAGCUACACGAUGUGUCUUUUUUACAAAGGCCAUGUGAUCCAAGAUCAGCAGGUGUUCACUGAACAUCAAAUGUCAUGCAUGGAACAGCCUACAUUUAUAUUUGUACAGUCUGUAGAACCUCACUACCUGUACUCAGUCUAGACUAAAACAUCAGCAUUUAAAAUACUUGGUGUUUAAGUUGAAAGAAUGUUCAAACAAAAAGAAAUUAGCAACUGCUGUAGUUGAAUGAAUAAUAUUUUAAAAGGUUUAACCUUUGUUAGGCUCCUUUUCCAUUGAAUUUGAUUUGUUGCACUUUACAGGUUAAAAUUGUAAAGAUCUCAUAAGUUCUCAAGCUGCUGUGCUUUUUAUUUGACCACAACCAAUUUCUAGAAGAAAAACAAUCAAUACAAUGUUCUUUGCACCUCAAACAGUAACUACUUAUAGAAGUAAUUAGCUAGCAGUGAAACACUUUGAGAAUGAGAAAGUUUGUCUAAAUAAAUGAUUUUUUACUCCCAAACCCUAUUAUAGUCCCUUGGGUAAUCUUCUCCUAACACUAAAAUGCAUUAGUUUUUAAGCCAGUUUCCUCUGUUAUCUCCGUUCUAAAUCUGUCAAUAAUAAAAAGUCUCUGAUGUGGUGCUAACUGUUCGAUUAACUAGGUCCAGUAUGUUAGAAAAGUCUAUAGAAUGGUAAUAUGCAGUUCUACAAAUGUUCUGAUUCAAAUGACAAGCGCAAAUUUACAAAUGUUGUUGGCUUAAUCUUAAAAAAUUGAUCUUUAGUGAAGUUUUAAAGUAACAUACUUCCAGUAGGCAAUGGUAUUAGUUAAAUUCUACAGUAAUAUCCAACACACCCUCUGAAACAACUUGAUGUUACAGGAUUGUAUUAAGAAAUUUGUAACCACAUUUUAUCAGGUAGUGUAUAGUAAAUUUACUGCUGAUUAGUUAUUAGUAGUACAUUAUUGCUCAAGAUGCCAUUAUCAAAGUUUGUCCAAUCAAACUAGCAAGUAAUAAGACACACAAUAAAAGAUUUUCCUGUUAUUAUUAAAAUACAACAGUGUAAUUUCUGGAGAUGUGCCAUUGUUGUUUAUGAUAAUUUGCUACAAAUAUUGCAACUGUAAGUAACUAAUAGUGUACAAACUAAACUCAGUUCAGUGCAUCACAUCCAACAUUUCUCAGUUUGUUAGCCGACUACAUUGUCUAAGCAUCUUACAUGGAUUUUGUAGAAAUAAGUUGUCAAAAUUUUACAUGCAGUUUUUAGUUGUAAUAUUUAAUUUCAAGCAAGGAAAAUGGUUAUCACAUACAUAAAUGGUUAUUGAGCUGUGUGCAACUUUUACUAUACUCAUAAAAAUAAGAAAUUAUAUGCAAUGACUUUUGUGAAUUAUUUGUCAGAUACAUGCAACAACGUAGUCUGAUUUUUUGUGAAGCAGAAAAGCAUGGUCUAAUUUACGAACAUAGCCAUAUUUUUGAUAACUAGAUUCUGAAUGAGGACAAACAAAUGUUUUUUUUUAAUGUGAUGCAGAUUUGAGUUUGGUUUGGUACCAAGGUAUAUCCAAAAUGUAGCUUUGUAUUAAGUAUUAAAGCAAGGCAAUAACAAUCAAAAUAGGGAAAAUGUACCAUAUUUGACCAGUAAUAUUUGUUAAAAUAUAACAAAAUCUAAAGCUUAUAAGUCAGCCAUGACCAGCAACUCAAAGAAACUGCAAUGUCUUAAAUUUGUGUUGGU